UUUAUUGUUCAUUAUUUUGCUGGAUGCUGAGGAAGCAAAAGACCUUCAAUGGCCUGCUCGAUGUGGGUGCUCGAUUCAAGUCAUCGAUGGUUACGUGACUGCUGAUUGCUCAGAUCAGCCAAGUGUGGACUUUGAAUGUUUGGCAGCGUGGAGGCCAAAUGCCCUGAAUCUCUCAGGAAAUGGCUUGCAAGAAGUCCCAUCAUCCCUGAAUGAAACAGGGUUUGAGAACGUAAUGCACCUCGAUUUGUCCAAUAACAAGAUUGAAAGACUCUCCAGCUGGAGCUUCGGAUCAAUGCUAGGCCUGAAAAGCAUAGACCUUAGCGGAAACAAGCUUACUGACCUGCCCAGAUCUGUUGCAAAAAUAGAUCUGGUUGAUGUGAGCCACAACAAUCUGACCGAUAUUCGCAGCAUAAUUGGCCUUGUUAACACUCAGGCAAUAGUAAAAGGAAACCCAAUCAGGUGCAGCUGCCGCUCUCCGAUUGUGAAGAGGAUCCAUGAAACGGAAAGGAAUGUUAGUCUGGAUUGCAUAUUUGGCGACUCGGAAGUUCCACAGCCCCAACCAAUGCAGUGCCGAGAUCAAAUUAUCGAAAAUGAACCACUUCUUGGUUCUUGGAAGUUGUGUAUAUUCUUGGUGAUAGGUACUUCAACAAUUGUUGUGGCUGUCGUUAUUUUGAAGUGCUGUAGUUUCAACGUUAACAGCGACUCGCAGUGCUAA